CGCCUCCCCGCCCCCUCCCCACGCCGACGCAAUGCACCCCGACCCCGUCGACGAGCCGCGCCGCGGCGCGACCGGCGCUGCCGCGUAGGGCCUGGACGUCUGGUGCUGCCAGGCCGGUGGCGUCGCGGGAGGGGCCAGGGUUGCCUGACCGGAGCUCCGCCGCCCAUGCCGUGCGCGCGGGCCGAGGACGCGCUCCCCUCCGCCGACAUGGUCUCCGCCUCCCUGAUCCAGAAGGCGGCCGGCGGCCGGAGGCCCGCCGAGCCAGGCCGCGCGCUGCAGCGCACGCCGCACGUGUCCGCGGGGGACGUCGACGCGCCGGCGCCGGCGGCCAGCUGCUCCAGGGAUGAUGGCAAGGGCAAUCGCAGCGGGAGGAGAGAGGAGAGCCGCAGGGGCAGGAUGCGGAGCUACCGGUCCGAGCUCGAGCAGGAAGUCAAGAAACUGCAGAGGCAGCUCGAGAAGGAGAUCGAGCUGCACGUGGCGUUGGCGGACGCUGUCACGCAGAACGCGCCGCCACCUGCAUUGAAUUCUUCUGCCAAGAUCCCACCUGAGACGCAGGAGCUACUGGUUAACAUUGCCUCCCUGGAGGGGGCCGUUUCGAACCUUGAAAAGGAGUUAAAUGAUCUGUAUUACCAGCUUUGUCAUGAAAGGAAUGAACGGCUACUUGCCGAAAAUAACCUGGGAUGCUUGCCAUCUGCGUCCUCAGAUGACCGCUCACUGUCAACUUGCACGUGUACAUGGGAAGAACACAUAUCAUCAUUGAGGGAUUUGAAGUUUGGAGGGUCCGAGUCAAUGAGAUCAAUGCAACAAGAUUUACUUACAGAACUCGAAUAUGACCAGGAUCUUGGGGAAGAAUCCGAAGAUAGACAGAUGGUUUCCCUAAAUAGGCUGCUCGAGAAACACCGAGACAUCUCUUUAAAUGGACUGUUGGAAAAGCACCGGGACGAAGAGAUGCAAGGAUCAUGCUCGGUGGAAAAUGGAGGCAAAGAAGAUGAAAAGAUCGAUGAUUUAUCAUUUGAGCAGUCCAUUCAAAAGUUAACUAGCAUGAAAGGAGGAAAUCUUUGGAACUAUCCAAAUCAGCUAUCAGAGGAGAUGGUGCGCUGCAUGAGAAACAUUUUCCUCCGUUUAUCUGAAUCCUCCAAGAUAUCUGGGAAGGCAUCUUCUGAUUGUUCAUCUUCCUCAGCGGAGCGUCUAUCUGGUUCAACAUUGGCAUCCUUCUCAGAUUCAUCCAUAAUACCCUCAAUGUUACGGAGCUCUUCAGUUGACUCCUAUCACAAUGAUGAGAUGAUGAAUAAAGCCAGAAACUUUGACCCGUAUAAAGUUAAUGGAAAGGGAACCCGAAGAGACAUCGGGAACUACUGUUCAGCAGCUGAAGUAUCUUGGAUGUCGGUUGGAAAGGAGCAACUUGAAUAUGCAUCUGAAGCUCUAAAAAAGUUCAGAUUUCUUGUGGAGCAGCUAUCAAAAGUUGACCCUAAUUGUUUGAACUCUGAUGAGCGGCUAGCCUUCUGGAUUAAUUUGUAUAAUGCGCUGAUAAUGCAUUCAUACCUAGCAUAUGGAGUUCCCCGGAAUGACAUCAAGCUUUUCUCUCUAAUGCAAAAGGCCUGUUACACAGUUGGUGGGCAGUCAUUCAGUGCAGCUGAAAUAGAGUUUGUGAUACUAAAGAUGAAGACUCCAGUGCACCGGCCCCAACUUUCUUUGAUGUUGGCUCUCCAGAAGUUCAAAAUUUCUGAGGGGCACAAGAAGUAUUCGAUCAAUGAAGCUCAGCCCCUUCUGCUGUUUGCACUCAGCUGUGGAAUGUUCUCUUCUCCAGCUGUGAGAAUCUUCACGGCCGAAAACAUUAGGAAUGAGCUUCUGGAGUCAUUGAGAGACUACAUCCAAGCGUCUGUCGGCAUAAGUGACCGAGGGAAACUACUGAUCCCAAAGCUACUGCAGAGCUAUGCCAAGGGGGCCGUCGAAGACUCCCUGUUCACGGACUGGAUCUGCCAUCACCUCUCGCCUGAGCAAGUAGCAGCCAUCCGAGAGUACUCCUCGCAGAGGAGGCAGCGGCUUCUCGGGGCACGCAGUUUCACCGUGGUCGCGUUUGACUCGAAAUUCCGGUACCUGUUCUUGCCUGACAGCAGUGCCUCCCAGAAGCCACAACACAGAACAGGCUCCCUAGGCUGAUCCUGGCAGCUGGUAUUCUGGACCACAUAACUCAUUCCUUGAAGGCUGGAAAAUGGGAUGGCUAGUUGUAUAUGGUGUACAUUUUUUGGGAGGAAAGUAUACAACAUAGCAAAAAAACUCAGAACCUGCUUCGGCGAGGAUAUUUCGUUUGCAAAAUUGGAUUACCUCAGCAAAAGGAAGAUGUUUUGGAUCUCAUAGUGUUUGGCGCUGUGUUUCAUACUGGGGAUACCGUUUUGGUCUUUCUUUUCUCAAAUAUAUACUUUUCUCUUUUUUGUAUAAAGUUAUUUUUGUCUUGGUCGAUUGGUUUGUAAGUUGUGCACUAAUAAACUGGGUGGUGCCAUAUAUUGUGAGAGGGUUCUGUUUUUUGCACUGAAA